AAUCGGACGGCCCAAAAUGAUCUUAUACCUGUUUAUAUCCCUCCUAAAACCCUAAUUCAGAUUCCCUCUCGCAGUCGCAGCAGUCGCUCGCUCUGUAGCCGGCAGAAGGGAUUAUAGCUUUCGCGAGUUCUGCAAAAGAGCAGUUUCCCGAUCAAAGAUGGUUCUUCAAAACGAUAUUGAUUUGCUUAACCCGCCAGCGGAGCUGGAGAAGAAGAAGCACAAGCUCAAGCGACUUGUGCAGUCCCCUAACUCAUUUUUUAUGGAUGUGAAAUGCCAGGGUUGCUUCAACAUAACCACCGUAUUCAGCCACUCCCAAACUGUGGUGGUGUGUGGGAAUUGCCAGACAGUGUUGUGCCAACCUACUGGUGGCCGUGCUAGACUUACAGAAGGGUGCUCAUUCAGGAGAAAGGGAGAUUGAUCCAUUGUUGGUAAAUGCUACUUGAAUUGAUGAUGCUAUGAUCAAAGAAAUGGAGCGCUUGUGGUUUUUGUUUUUUUUUUAACGUGUAAUUCUGUUAGGGAUGAUUUAUGAGACCUACAUUAUUACAAUAUCAUUUGUGAAUUGUUGUUGUUUAAUUAUCAUUUGUGUUUUCCGGAAGUAAUUCACUAUAUGAGCACUUGAAUCAUCAUUUGUCUUGAGUUUUCAA